UCUUCACCAAAAACACUGCUGCUUCAACUUCCUAGCGGGAAGCGGCUAUCGGAGCUUGUCUUCUUACAGCAAGAAUUAGGGAUACAGUAGAGCUUAAAGAUGAAGCUGUCCCGGCCGGAAUAUAAAGAGAUAGCGAGGUGGACUGACCAGCUGAGACCUACACGGCAGUGCAUGAAGAUGCUGAGAGACAGAUUCCCUCAUCACUCGCAGUCCACUCUUCUGAGCAUCUUCUCCCUGGAGUACCAGAAACGAACUAAAAGAACAAUUUCAAGACAUCAUGCACCAGAUGUAAUGGAACGCUACUACCAAAGGUAUCUGAAUGAAACAAGGGUUCGCCCCACCGAUCCUGUCCUGUUGGAGUUGGCUAAUGAGGUGGAUCUGUCUCCUGCUCUGAUGGCCCGUAUUAUCCUGGAUCGGUUCCUGAAGGACCAGGGCGGUGAAAUGCCUUCCAAAACCAUCCUCAACAGCAUGCUGAAGGAGCCAUCAUUGAUUGCCGACCAAAUACUAGCAACAAAUAUCUACCAAUGCACAAUAAAUGACUGCUGUUAUGGACCACUGGUAGACUGCAUCAAACACGCUGUUGGCCAAGAACAUGAGGUGCUGCUUCGUGACAAGCUGAUGGAGAGAAAUCUUUCAUUUCUUGAUGAAAACCAGCUGAGAACUAUGGGCUAUGACAAAACGCCGGAUAUCAUCUUAGAGGUGCCUGUUGCUGUAGAAGGACACAUCAUACACUGGAUUGAAAGCAAAGCAUCUUUUGGGGAUGAUCACAGCCAUCGAACCUACCUCAAUGAGCAGUUCUGGAGCUACUGGAACAGGUUUGGCCCUGGCCUUGUGAUCUACUGGUACGGUUUCAUAGAGGAGCUGGACUGCCAGAGAGACAGAGGCAUCUUACUCAAAGACUGUUUUCCUACAGACAUUGUGACACUCUGCCACGCCAGCCAGCAGGAGCAUACGCCUGAAAGCCAGAAAAAGGACAAAGAGUGAGAGAAGUUCAGUAGUGGAGGGGGAAAACCAAACAAAUUAAAGACUGGGCGUUGAAAGAGACAAAAGAUGCAGAAAGGCUAGGAGGUGGGAAGGGCAGGAACACUGAACUAUGCAGGGCAGGAUUCCUACUGUAGAUCCGGAAGCAAUUAGGCUUUCCUGCAGCAUGAUGCAGCUGGCAAGAAUCUGCCCUGAACUCCACCUGACCCCCUCUCACCAUCUGUAUCUGUCUUUCUUCCUCCCAUUCAUUGCGCCAACGCAACCUCAUGGAGACACACAACAGCGUUCUGGAUAUCUGACGGUGCAUGGCCAGAUUCUGCUUGUGGUCACCACCUGGCCCUUGGAUGGCCCCUCUCAGUGGACGGCCAGGGCUGAGGCAGGACACAAGACCCUCUCUUAUCACACCCAAAGCCCUGGCCUUUCUCACUGCUUCCGUCUCCGUUCCACCGGGCAGAUAAGGAAGGUGGGGUCUGGGUGGGCGCCUGUCUCUCACCUACGUCACUCGGUGCCCUCUCAGUCACUCUGCAGGGGGGUAAACAGGAUCAGUGCUGAUUAAGGUUGCCCUCCCAACGACCCCUCUUAUAUGUUUAUUUCUGUACAUCGUUCUAACACUGCUUUUUCUAUAGUUGGCAUUUUUUCUGUCAAUCACUGCAACUAGUAUUAUUCUAAUCCUUCUAAGGACAUAUUCUCAUCUGAUUGCUUUUAAGAUUUCUAAAAGCUCUGAUGUAUCGUGUUUGAGCUAUUAUAUAAUUUUACAAUGUAAGUGAACUUUUUGAUUUUAAUUAAUUAAAUAAACCCUAUUUCAAACUGCA